CUUCCUUUCUUAGGUAUGGUCUUCCUCCGAUGUCUAUAUAAACCAUUGGAUAUUCUGAAUAAGAUGUCUAUACAAGCACUGCAUAUACAGCAACUUGACAGCUUACGAAAACCCCUUCAUACACUACGUUCAUACUAAACUCCUAUUUCCCACAAAGUUCACAGCAAGAAAUCAAGAUACAACAAACGUCCGUCAUGGCUUGCAUGAAACCGACUACUGACAAGACUGCGGUCUCCGAAAUCAGUGACACGGACGCCAAAAAUCGAGAGUUCGUAGAGCUCUGCGGCUUCCGUACUGAAGCAACUGGCCCUGUCCUCGCGGACUUAGCACAGAAGCUCACCCGGGCGUACCCAGUCAGCAAAGACGUUAUAAACCAUCCCUCCGUGACAUUUGAACCGUUCUAUUUCUUUUUCUACGGCUCGCUCCAGGCUAAGAAAACUCUAGUAAGCGUGUGCGACCUAGAUGAUGAGAACCCAACCCUAAUCCCGGCGUCCAUCAAGGGUUGGAGAAGUAAGUAAAUAUCACACCCGUUCGUACACGAUAACAACUGCUAACUCGAGACGCUUUAGCCAUGAUGUGGGGUUCCUUUCCCGCUUUAGUUCCCGCGGAAGGCAACGAGGUGAAGGGCAUGUGCUGGAAGUGCGAGUCCCCGGAAUACGUGGGCUCGCUCCGUAGAUACGAGACCGAUGCUUAUCGCAUGGAAGUCUGCAAGAUCACCACAGAUGAGGGCGAAGUGAUCGAGAACGGCCGGAUUUUUGUGUCCACGGAUCUGGAGAAUCUACACGAGGGCGGCUUUGAUCUCCAGUCGUACAUUUGUCAUGCAAACUUUUAAGGGCCGUUUGAGAUCCCUGAGAUGAAGAACUCAGCGAAGGAAUUAGCCACACUGCAAAGCUGCUUAUGAGAUUGGCUCCUGAUGCAGCUGUGGAGGGUAUGCUAUUCCCAAAACUGGGUAUGAUCUCAUUGUUGAUUGUACCUAUUAAUUAGAAAUAAUAAGAAAAUCUCAAAUACUAAGGAAUUAUUGUUUUGGCAUGUAAAAGAAUAAGGGAAUUGUUACAUAGGUAGGUAUGUAAAG